AUGCGUGCCAUCUUAUCUAAUCGCAGCAUUGCCACUAGGCUCCUCAAUGCUGCUACAAACAAAACUGCCUGUGGCCAGGGCGGUCGGAUCGAAAACGAUGUUGCCGUUCCCAGCAUCUCUCCGGACGAAAUCCUCGUCAAGGUCAAAGCAGUUGCACUAAACCCGACCGAUUUCAAGCACCUCGACGUAGUGGCUCCGCCAAACUCUAUCAUAGGCUGUGAUUAUGCCGGGGAGGUCCACCUGGUUGGCGAGAACGUCACGACAAAGUGGCAGAUUGGUGAUCGUAUAGCUGGUGUCGUGCAUGGAGGUCUUUUCCCAGACCGAGGCGCAUUUGCGGAAUACCUGAAGACUGACGCCGACCUCGCAUGGAAAAUUCCCGAUGAUAUCUGCGAUGCGGAUGCAGCAACGUAUGGAAUCUCUGCUGUAACGGCUCUACUAAGUCUUAAUAUUCGGCAUGGUCUGCCCUGGGCCAACGAAAGGGCAAGCCCGAUAGAUGAAGCUAUCUUUAUUUACGCAGGAUCAACGAGUGCUGGCUUGUAUCACAUUCAACUUGCGAAGGCUGCGGGGUACAAAGUUAUUGCGACUGCGUCGCCGCGCUCAUUCGACUUGGUUAAGAGCUACGGCGCGGACGCGGUAUUUGACUACAAAUCUCCGACAGUUGUGAGCGAUAUUACGAAGGAGUUCCCAGCUAUUACUAAGGCUGUGGAUUGCUUCUCUGAGGGUAAAUCCACGGAGAUUGCCGCGGAGGUCAUCAAAAACAAGGGCGGCAAGGUUGUGACGCUGCUUUCUAACGGCAAGCCGCGUCAUCCAGGCGUUGUGUAUGAGCUCGUCAUGAUGUAUACGGCAUUUGGACGGCGAUUUCAAUGGCUCCCACCAGUUGGCCCUAAAUUUGAGGCAAAGCCCGACGACCGCGAGGCACUCGCUCGUUUUUAUGCGUUGCUGCCCCAGCUGACUGAAAUAUUGAAGCCAAUCCCAACCACUGAAAUCAAAGGUGGAUUUGAUGGUAUUUUGGAAGGACUCAAUAUGCUCCGAUCUGGUCACGUUUCAGGUGGCAAACUUAUAGUGAAGCUCUAA